UCCGUUACCAUUAUUUUCGCUGAAUUCUGAAAAUGGGCGAUAAAACCGAAGAGCAAAACCAUGAAGUAGAAGCAAAGCAUCAGUCAGAGAGCGAACCCUCAACGAUGACAAUGUCGGAAAUCGAGACACCUCAGGAUGAGGGAAAACCCUCAUUGGAAACUCUGAAAAAGCUCGAAAGUUUCUGCUUCAGCAUCUGGCCGCCGACGCAGAAAACCCGCGACGCCGUUAUCGAGCGCCUCAUCGCGACGCUGUCGUCGCCGUCGAUUUUGUCCAAGCGUUACGGCACUAUUCCCCGCGGGAAUGCUUCCGAUAUCGCUAUGCGUAUCGAAGAGGAGGCGUUCAACGCCGCCGGAGCGUCGGCGAACGCCGAUGGCGCGGACGGAAUCGAGAUCGUCCAGGUCUACUCCAAGGAGGUGAGCAAGCGGAUGCUCGAAGGGAUCAAGUCCAGAUCCGCCGAUUCGCCGCCGCCGGAGAUUGUGCCGGAGAGGGAGAGUGUGCCGGCGCCGCAGGAGAGCAACAAGCUCUACGCUCUCCUUGAAACGGUGGCCCCUGAGGCCGCGCCUUAAAAUCCGCAUUGAGGUUUCUAGAGACAUUAUAUAUAUAUAUAUAUAUAUAUAUAUUUGCAGUUGGAACGUUAUUGGAGUUGAGUUAAUUGAAAAUGCUCGUUUCAUGAUAAUUUGAGAUCUAGUCGUGUUGUCUUUGGAUUUACAACACUGCUUUACACUCCUUAUAAUAAUAUAAUAUUCAGUCUUUAUUAAACUUA